AUGGUUACCGUGAGCUUGACGGCGCCCCAGCUCCUACACCAGAUACAUGUCGGGAUCCGGCAGCGAGUAACUGACGGAGACAGUCCUCCUGUUAAGUCGGCUGCAGCAGUCGUCGAUCCAUCAAGAGUACAGGACUUAUACGUCUCCAGCUUGCUCCGGCAAUGCCCGCCCGAAGCCUGGCCAAAGAACAACUAUGACUUGACUUCUGCACGGCCUAUCCUCGUGUCCCAUCAUCACCAAACGCAGCUUGCUCAGUUAAGCGAUGCCCUUGUUCUCGCGAUUACAGAUAUCGUCGAGAGGUGGUGGUCGGACCCGGAGACUAAUUUCCCAGAGAGGAUGCCUUUAGGCAAGAGGGAAGAGGCAUUGCUCAAGGCAAGUAGACCCGAUCCGUGGCCUUGGAUUGACGAGGAAACUCCUCGUUUAAUCCCCCACUUCCGCCAGUGCCGCGGUGCAUGGAGGCCAGAUUUUCUAGUGGAGGACGACCGCUCUAACGGUUCUACCCUCCCAAAGGAGUCCUUUUGCAUCACUGAAAUCAAUGCCCGACUCACCACAUCCGCGAGCGUAGACAAGCUAUACCAGGGAGGGCACGGCUUCUUUGACCUCACCAAACCUGUGCAUCUUCUCAAGGGAGUCGAAGCAGGGAACGACAUCUUCAUGUUAACAGACCACCUGCGGCGCGUUCUGGGGCAAAGGCCGCGCUUGAUCUCGCCCGCAGAUUUACGUGUCGUUGCGGAUUCUGAGAGCCCGCUGGGAUUCAAGCUCUGCUGCUUGAAAGUAGCUCCAACGUCGGGCCACGAAUCUCGCGACCACAAACGCACCUUGGGUACGCUUCUCCUCUCCGACGAUGACGAACCAGUGGAGGAAAUCCAUCAAGUGGCGCUCGAGCUUCACCAGCAUGAGCUUCACGCCAUGUCAGAAAUCAUGCUGCGCCUCGUCUCUCUUCGUUGCCUCAACGACAUGCGUACUAUUCUCCUCGUGCACGAUAAGAGAAUGCUUGGUAUCGUUCGACAGGAGCUCCCCAGGCUAGUGGGACGUGGCGUCCUGACUGCGAGCCAGGCUGCGACGCUUCAAAAGGGAAUCGUGGAGACGAUUCUUCCCGGUUCGCCUGAGAUGGCAGAUCUCUUGAGACGCUGUCGGAAUAAUCCCCAUCUCAUAAACGACUAUCUUCUCAAGCCCAUUCGCAGCGGAAAGGGAGACGGUAUCCGCUUCGGAGAUGAGAUGGCCGCCGAUCAUUUCCUAGAACACAUCGAGCAGCGCCUCGCCAAUCCCGGUCUGGAUUGUGCUCUGGGUACCCAUGGUACCGGAAGCACAUGGGUCAUCCAGCGCCUGGUCAAUCAACGCCUGUACAGCCUUAGCGCGGGGCCCUCCGGUCGAGAGUGGCAGCCACUAGUCGGCACGUUCCACUUGAUGGACGGGGAACUGAUCGGACUUGGCAUUUGGAGCUAUAAGUUUGCCCAGGCCAACACUGACCUGACCACCAUCAACAUCAUCAAGCGUGGCUAA